AUGACAGUUAUGGAUGACGAAAAGCUUCCAAAGACCAUUGAGGAUGGAACUAGCUCCCAUCUCGAGCGUAUCCAAGAAAUCGAUCCUGCUGUGGAGAAGAGGCAAGUCGUUAUCUCCAUGAGGAAGUGGAUCGUACGCAAGAUUGACUUGAGGCUGAUGCCUUUUACUGUCUGGAUCUAUCUCCUAUGCUACAUGGACAGGUCCAAUAUCGGCAAUGCGAAGAUCUUGAAUGCCGACGUAGGUCACGACUUGCUAGACUCAACGCAUAUGACAACGAAGCAGUACACCAUUGCUCUCAUGGUCUUUCUGGUUGCCUACUCCAUCUUCGAGGCACCAAGCAACCUUGCAGCCAAGGCAUUCCAGCCUAAUUAUUGGCUAGGCUUCUUGGUUGUUGGCUUCGGAGCCUUCUGUACAGCCAUCGCCGGGGCGAAGAGCUUCGCCAGUACAUCCGCGCUACGAUUCUUCCUCGGUGCCUUCGAGGCGGGCAUUUUCCCUGGCAUGGUCUUUUUCAUGAGUUUUUGGUACAAAGCGGAGGAGCGAGCCACUCGGAUAGCGUUGUUCCUCUGCAGCGCUACAUUGGCUGGUGCAUUUGGCGGUGCCGUUGCAUAUGGCGUUGGACAUAUGGACGGGAGACUAGGCCUAGAGGGCUGGCGAUGGCUGUUUAUCGUUGAGGGCGUUCCCUCCAUUGCUCUAGGAAUCCUCACAUUUUUAUUUAUGCCAAGCUAUCCGGAAAAGGCCAGCUGGCUCACCGAAGAAGAAAAGGCUAUCCAAGUUAUACGCCUCGGCGUCAACUCGUCUCACGGAGAAGCAAAACUUAAUUGGGAGGAUGCAAAGGCCACUCUUAAGGACGUUAGACUAUACGUGCACUAUAUUACGUACAUGUGCAUCGGCGUCGGCGUCUCCUCGUUGUCACUCUUUGCGCCUACCAUCGUCUCUGGCCUCGGCUACAAGAACCUUCAGGCUCAGCUGUUUACUAUUCCUCCUUAUGCCGUGGCUUACGUUGUUACUCUUGUCUUGGCCAUGAUAUCUGACCAUAAGAAGACGAGAGGUCUCGUGGCUGGUGGAUGUUUUCUCUUUGGCACUAUUGCCUUUAUCAUUCAAGCCUGUUUGCCUGGCAAGCUAUAUGCUGCUCGCUAUGCAAUGCUUUGCAUCAGCACCGCCGGCGUCUUUGCCGGUCUACCUCCGUUGUGCGCAUGGAUUUCAGACAAUGUGCGAACUACCACGGCGGGAUCUCUCGCCACAGGACUCAACAUUGCCUUUACGGGGCCUGGCCAGAUUAUAGGCGUCUGGAUUUAUCGGGCGCAGGACGCGCCGUUCUAUCGCCUGGGCCACGGCAUCAAUGCUGGGUUUCUUGCCGUGGGGACGGUUUUGAGCUUUUCCCUGUGGUGGUACUACACGCGACUGAAUAAGAAGCUGGUUGGCACCAGUGAACCCAGAUGGGUUGCGUAG